CACACACACACACACACACACACACCUCCGUUCGUCCACCCUUCACUAGCUCACACGUGAAGGAGUGCUCAGUAAUUCUGAUGCCGCGGCGUGGAGGUGACUCGCCAGUGUUGCUGGAGGAGGAGGAGGCAGAGGAACUGUUAUCUUAACCCGGAAAUAUGAGCCAUCAGAUCUUCUUGAUCCAGGCGUGCGUGACGAUUCUGGCGGUGAUAGUCAUGCCGUACGGCCUGACCCACCCCUCUCCCUCCUCAUCCAGACCAAAUCUCCAACCCACCGGGAGCACGGAGCAAGAUCCAGCAAAUCUGGACGACGACGGAGCAUUACAAGAGGGUUCAAGCACCUAUCGAAUUGACUUCCUUGCUGGAUUUUUUCCUCCCUUUCUCCGUCCUCUUCCUCCACCUCCGCCACCUAAACCUCCAAGACCUUUCCCUCCAAGCCUUCCAUAUAAGCCUACUAUUUCCACACCUCCAGUUAGCCCUCUAAACCAUUUAAAUGAAGGGCACCUUGAUUCACUAGAGUUUCAGUUUGACUUCAAGCCACCUGACUUCUUCGAGUCAUCUGGAUUCCCCCGUCCCGAGGAGGAGUACUUUGAUGGCCCUCCCCACCAUUCUCCCUACCAUGAGGAGUUCCCGGCUUCACAUCCACACCCAGCUCACCAUCAUGAGGGACCUGAUGAACCCGCUCAUCCACACCAUGAAGACCCAGGGCAUUCUCCUCCAGUCCAUCAUGAAAUUUCCCUUCACAGCCCGCCUCCUCAGUCACACCAUGAGGAAUCCCAACCUCCGCCCCCCAAACCUUCUCAUUUCCUUCCUCCUCCCCAUCCCCCUUCCCCACCCUCCAAUCAUGCAUCCCCUCCCCGUAGACCCCACUUAGGGUCUAUCCCUAACUCAUUAUAUCGUUACCAAGUGCCGGUUAAGGAUGUACACAAUCCAAGAGACCACAUUCAUGACGACCUUGAACCCGGUGGUUUCCAAGGACUCGGUAAUACCGAUCUGGAAUUCAUCAAAGAUAUAACAAAUAAAUACAUCUCUUCGAGUUCAUCCUCCUCCUUUUCCUCUUUCUCUUCCACCUCAUCAUUCUCUUUGUAAUCUAGUUCACCAUUUAUCUUUCCGUUGCCACCAUUUUGAGAUAAUAUAUUUUUCUCAUCUUUCCUCUCCCCUGUAUCUGCCCAUCUUUAAAUAUUACAAUUAUUUACCUCAUUAUCUUGGCUCUUUUACUCAAUUUCUCUCUCUCUCUCUCUCUCUCUCUCUCUCUCUCUCUCUCUCUCUCUCUCUCUCUCUCUCUCUCUCUCUCUUUUGUGUUGUUGAAUUUAUUUGUUUUUCGUUUUUGUUAGUAUAAGAAUGAUACCUCAUUAGUUUUGAAUAAGUUUUACAUUGUUACAUAUUUUCACCUUCGUUGAUGCACUUGUAUGUCCUCUAAUAAACACUUUGUCAGGCAAACUUAAAAU